GCGAGCGGUGGCGCGGGGACGGCAGCGCGGCCCGGGCCGAGGCGCCCCGGCACCCAGGUUAUGCUAUGACUGGCUUCAGACUCCCCGUCAGCACUUUCAGAAAACUAAAUGUCUGGUUCAGACUGUGGGAGAAAUUUCCCUCAAAUAAACUGUAUCCCACUUGGAGGAGAAGCUUAUUCUGCAGCUGUCAAGCAAGCACAGUAAACUACAGAGGAUGUUUCAGUUUUUCCCCAGUCAGACUCAGUGCACUAAGACUCUCUCCAGAGUAUAUCUCAGUACUUUCUCUAAGGAACAAAAGCAGCAAAAGCUCUAAAAAGAGCAGACAAAGCAUACAAGAAGAGGAGGAAGAAGAGGAUGAAGAUGAAAGUAAUUUGGAAGAUGAAUUUGAAAAUGACCCCAAUGUAGUAAAAGAUUACAAGGAUCUUGAAAAAGUAGUGCAGUCUCUUCGAUACGACGUGAUCUUGAAAGCUGGUCUAGACAUGGCAAGAAAUAAAAUAGAAGAUGCAUUCUACAAUAAUGAACUCAGGCUGAAUGGAGAAAAACUAUGGAAGAAAAGUAGAACUGUGAAACUUGGUGACACACUGGAUCUCAUAAUAGGUGAAGAUAAAGAAACAGGAACUGCUGUAGUUAUGCGGGUAGUCUUAAAAAAAUUAUCUGACAAAACUGAAAGUGAAAAAUACAAAGUUACUUUGAGGCGUUGGAAAAACUUAAAAGUACCCAAACAGGAUGUGCUUAAGUAACAAGGGGUUGCAUGUGACAGCAUAAGAUUUUUGCAGGAAAACAUAUUUUUUUGUUAAAUAUGAAUUUUGGUUGAACAAAAUUACAGUACCCUUUUUAAGGGCUUGUGUCAGAAUGUAAUCUUGCUCUGCUGCAUACUUCAAUAAUCAUGCAACAAAGCCUGUCACUUUUUGCUGGUAGCUUUGUCUUGUGGUACUGUAAGUUAAAAGAUCCAGCACUUACAUCUCCAGGAAGUUUCUUAUAAAUAAUGAAUCAAUAAAGACUGAUUUGACCACUA